CCUUGCAGAAAAUGGCGGAAAGCUUGCAGAACGGGAGUCAAAUUAGGAAAAACAAACGACAUCAGUAGCCAAUUACAACAUGUCUAGGUUAACAGAACAGCAAAUCUUGUCAAGAGCCAGAGCCUCCUCUCUUGAAAAUGUGAAGAAUCUUAAUUUUUGGGGAAGUGAUUUGAGCGAUAUUUCUGUUUUACGCCAGAUGCCAAAUGUUGAAGUUUUAAGUUUAAGUGUUAACAACAUAUCAAGCCUGGAAGACUUUGCACAUUGUCCAAGAUUAAGAGAACUAUAUUUGAGGAAAAAUAGCAUUGAAGAUAUCAGUGAGAUAGGUUGUCUGAAGAACCUUCCUAAGCUAAGAGUGCUGUGGCUUUCGGACAAUCCUUGUGCGAAUGUGGAACAUUACCGAAUGACUGUUCUAAAGAAUUUACCCAAACUCACUAAGCUGGACACUGUAGUGGUUGAGGAGUCAGAAGUGGAGGAGGCAGCCAAAGAAGGAACCGAAAUCAAAACACCAGAUGAAAUUCCUGUCCAUGAUUUGGAAUUAACUGCCACAGUUGGAAAGGAUGUUCUCAAAACUGUUAAUGCUUUGAGUGAGGAUGCUAAUCAACAAGUGUCAACAGAAAAGGGUGAUCCAGAAUCAGCACAAAGCAAUUUAGUAAAUGAAACCAAUAAACUUCGAGCCCAGUUAGGACUGAAGCCACUGAUGUUGGAUGAUCAAACCCAUGGUGUGACAACCAUGGCGGCAACAGAUUCCCAUCGAACAGAGCCUGUAACAGUUUCUCCCACCCCUAGAAGUCAGAAUAUUUUAUCUGCAGUUCUUACUUUGGUACAAGAACUCGACCGUACAAGUCUCUUAACUCUUCGACAAGAGAUUGACCAACAUCUUCAAGAUCUUAAUGAUGAUGUAGAAAGUAGACCGUAUUCUGAGAACAAACCUCCUUCAAAUGAAAAGGAGGCAAUGGUGGACUAAGACUGAAACUGCGAUGCUUUUAUAUUAACGUAGAUGUUGGGCUUAUAUCCGUUGCUAAAAUGACAGACUACCUUGUCUUGACAAGUAGAAGUCAUCUUGUAAAUCUCAUUCUGAUAACAAACCUCCACAAGAGAGGGAAGAAAUUGUGGAGUGAGAGAUAGGGUCUGCUUUUCCUUUACCUUAGAAAUUGGACUUCUAUCCGGCGUAGCUGAAAGGACGGAAUUUCUUGUUCUGACAAAUAGAAAGCAUCUUGAAAUUUAA